AUGACCAGCGUCCUCCACUCGGGCUCGCUGAGCUCGCUCGACGGUGGAAUGGGAGACAAUCUACUGCAUGCAUCGUCUAUUUCCCUCGACAGCCAGUCCUCACUUGGUCCUAAUGACGAAGAUGUAACACUCACUUUCAAGCAAAAUGGCCCCUUUUCACCCACCAAACCACUCGACGAACUCUCCUUUCUGGCAAUCUCGGCUCAGAUUACCGAAGUCACGUACAGCAUUUCGGAUGUCCAAACGCGGAUAUUCGAAAUACAGGAACUUCGUCACAAGUCAGAAGCAAACCAGUCAUCCGGAAACGCUCCUUCUUCCGCCUCUUCGCAAGGACACGCCACUGACACCUCGACGACAAACAUUGACCAGGCGCUCAUCAACCUCGAUGAGCGACUAGAGUCAAUCUCCUCGUCGAUAGAAUCCAUCAAUUCUGUCAUGGCGCCCCUCAUUGCCUCUGCCAAAACUCCAACAACAUCCAAGACGGUCACAGAAACAAACUAUGCCGAAGACGCUACAGGAACACUGCUUCGGAAACAUGCCACUAUGCUCCAGGACUGGGACACUGUCCAGGAAGACGCGGAUACGCUCAAGGGGGAGCUUCGGGAGGACAAGUGGCUCGCUGUAUUCCGGACCGUGGGCGAGCAGGCAGAAGCCAUGAUGGUCUCCCUGGAAAAGGCUGUCACCCAUUGUCAGGAAUUCAUCUGGCAGGUGCAUCGGAAUCGCAAAGCGCUCACCGACGAUGGUCAUUCUGGACUUUCGUCUGGUUCAAUGUCGGGAGAAAAGCCAAUCAACUAUGAAAUGUUCCAAUCGCUCCAGUCGUCAUACGAGGCGAAGAAGCGAUACUAUAUGCCGGCGACCACCAAAGUCCUGGCCAUCCUCGACCGCUCCGUUCGUGAUCGUGUGACGAAGAAUGGGGAAUGUCUACGCAGGCACGCGGAAGCUCGCGCCCGGUGGAAAAACCUGCGAGAGCGCAUCAAUAGAAUCGACAACGAGAUGGAAACUGUCCGUCUUUUUCUCGUCACCAAGGACAAGGAACAGGAACCAGAGCCAUCCGAGGCGGGUUCUGCCCUCUCACGCCAGACGAGUCGCUCAAACUAUACGAGCAAGUCAAACUAUCUGUCCACGCCUUCGACCAAAGUCAGCAAUCUGACGAAUAGAAGUCGGACAGGGAGUAGUUCUGCCGGGACUGCGAGUGCGUUUUCUCGGAGCAUGUCCCCCCUAAAACGGUUCGCGUCCAAGGUCUCUGCGUCUGUUCGUUCUGGUGUUUCGACACCAGCGGUGGACGAUAGUAGUCGCAAUGCGUCGUCCAUCUCUGUUCAUUCAUCCCAAGUUAGCCGUCCAGACUUUUCGCCAUCUCUUUCUGGUGUCUCUGGGAAUGAGAGUGGGCCGCCGAGGCCGCCCCCUCGUAGCCCAUUCAGGCCACCGGGGAACAAGAUUACGGCCAUUUCGUCUGGUGGUGUCGAUGGCGCCGGUACGACCAAGGAGAAGAAGAAGCGAGACUCGUCCAUCUUCCCGUUCCUCUCCAAGCCACCUCCGCCUUCGGCUCUUGGUCGAAGCACGAACCGCGCUCCAUCGAGGGCAAGUUUAUCUGGUGGAGAUACCAGUGCGUCUAGUUCGAGCAAGCCACGAUGGAAUGCGAGUACCAAGGUGGACAACGAUGCGCCGUUACCACCUCUUCCACCAAGCCAAAAUGCCACUAUACGAGCCACUCCGAGCCGUCCAAGUAUCGUUAAUCAGGUGUUUAGACCACUUUCUCCUGAAGGUAGACGGAGCUUGAGUCGCACAGAGAACCGACCGCCUACCAGUCAAGGGAAGUACACGCCGAGGAGCUCUGUCGAUAUUCACAGCCCGACGACACCAUCUCGUCCAGGGUCUCGAGCGCAAUCAAGAGCGGGUGCACGAACACCGAAUGGUGGUGUCUACGGUACAUCGCCGCGAACGAGGCCUGUGACUCCAUCGCACAUCCCGGCGCCGGUGUCCUACUUUAACAAGCGAUCGCCGAGUCGCGCUGGCUCUGAGAGCGAUAUGGAUGACGAGGAGUUGCCGACUACGCUCAUGCAGCGUGCAUUUACGCCGUCUGCUACUCGAGAUUUAAAGACUCCAGAGAACCCGCAUCGAAGGCGACCUUCAAAUUCGAUGAUCCCCGUUCCAAAGCUCAACGUGACGAGCGGUUCACGUCCUGGAACGUCCAUGUCGAUGAACCGCUCUGGUUCACCAGCCAACUCGCAUGAAGGUGGACGUAUGAGUCCACGAGAGAGUCCGAGCGCAUGGCGAAACUCGCCUGCUGUGCGGGACACGACUUCCACACCUUACAAAGAGUCACCACCUACACGCGCGGGAGCGCGUAGUCAGACGCCCGAGUCGAUGCUUCGCGCGCGCGCGAUGCAGAUGCCGGGCUACAUCGAGAGUCCUAGUCCCAAUUCUGGCCCAUCGGGUGCGUCUGCGACGCCUGGAACAAAACCACGUCCGAGUGCACCUUCGAGUUUCAAGGGCGAGGGACGGACGUUGGUGUUUGGGCCCGGGGAAUGGGAAUCCUUCCUCGGGGGCGAAUGGGACGCCUGGACGGCCGCAGUCGCGGAAUUUGAGCGGGUUGAUCCGCCGCGCAAGACGCCUGCCAAGGCUGGUGAGGAGAUCAAGGCCCAGUAUGCUGUUUCGAAUGCUCUGGGACGCAAGUUGAUCACGUGUCGGCUUGUUACUGUGACGAGAGGAGGAGCGCAGAGCAAAAAGGUCAUGUGUCGCGUUGGCGGCGGCUGGCUUGAACUGCAGAUGUAUAUUCUUAACCGACAAGCGGGUCUCUCGUAG